CUGUUCUCGCGCGAGUUGCCCUUCACUUCACUAAUCUGGACCAUGGUGAAGGGAUUGCGAGCUCACUCGGAAGGCCACAGACAAGCGAGUAGGAAAGUUGAGGUCGGGGUUAUAGAAACUCCGGUAAAAGCUGCAAAGAGCUGACUGAUUAAAGCACAGAGAAUAAGAAGAUGGAGGAAAGAAGAAAUUGGAGGGAUUCAAUCGGAUGGCUUGGUAUGGAUGCUGAGCACUGGCUUGCUUGCUGCUGGGCGGAAAUUCCGAUCGGUCAAUCAGAGCGGCCCGAGACCAAGGCGGUCAGCCGCAACACCCCAAAUUCUUUCUUUCCCACUCCCACUGGAGGGCAUCCAAAGCCUUGUUCUAUAUUACCAGUAGGCUGAGCUCUCCCUCUCCGUCUCCGAAUAUCCGCGUCCAAUUCUCCGGACUCUUGCUAUGAUCAAAAGCUGAAGUUGUCCUCGUUCGAUAAUUACAAAACUACUAAAGAUGGCGGGCCUGCAGACUCGCUCGGUCAUGUCUCUCCCCUUCUCCAUCUCUGCGGCUUUUCGCAACCUCUCCCUCAACACCGCGAAGCGCUCCUUCUCCACGACACUGCCCGUACAGAAGACAUACAAACUACCGGAAGGCUGUCCGCCAUACCCGUACGGGCCCAACUAUGUCUUCAAACAGUCGAACUCUGGUUUGUACCACGGCACCAUGAUUCAAUUCGGCAACAAGAUUUCCAAGGGCAAGAACGAAGGCAAGACCCGCCGAUGCUGGAAGCCCAACGUGCGCCGCAAGAAGCUAUGGAGUGAGGGUCUCGAGGAAUUCCUGUUCAUCAAGGUGACAAAGAAGGCAUUGAGAACGAUCGAGCUGUGUGGUGGACUCGAUAACUACCUCCUGGGCAACGGAACGGCACGGAUAAAGGCGCUGGGGAUCUUUGGCUGGGAGCUGCGGUGGCGUCUAAUGAACUCACCCAAGAUGCAGGCGCAAUUCCGGCGUCGAAGACUGCUCCUGGGCCUUCCCGAACCCCAAACCUUCGAGGAGUUUGUGGCAGAGAAGGAGGCCGAGCGGAAGGCGCAGAAGCAGGUGGAUUUGACAGAUAUCAGGGAUCUGACGAAGCCUACGCUCAACGAGAAACAGUACUGAAGAAACGGGAACAACGCAGCUAGAGCGGGAGAUGGGAUGUGGAGGCUUGGGCAUGUGCUCGAGGCAUUCCGAGUUGAGACCGGCGCGAUGAGGGCGUCUAUUGUAUGAUAUCUUUUUUUUUUGCGAUCAUGGUUGACAGUUUCGAGCAGACAGUGUUAGUGAAGUGCUCCCAAGUAGCUGACUGCUCAAUGAAAGAAGAAGAACUGUCGAGCUGUCAGGCUGUCAGGCUGGCUUUCAUUUUCUU